AUGUCGGGAACACAUCAUCUGUACACGAGCUCUGGCCGCCCGAUGCCGCCCCCGCCGAAGACCACCCCGCGCAGGACGUCCAGUGUCUGCAGGACGCCCACACGACGGUACAAUCCCGCCCAAAGGGCCCCGUCGGCGUUCUCCAAGGCCUCGCUGAAUGAAAACCGUGACCGUCAGCUGGUUCCCGUGCGUGGCAGACAGCAAAGCCCAGAUAGCGCCUCCCGUCAACCUCGCCUUCUCUUGGAGGACGUCGAUAAUGUACGGCGCCGACAACUGGAUGAAGGAGGACGUCCGUCAGGGCCACGUCGCUUGAGUCCUAGCAGAAACGGUCGUCAGGAGGAAUGGCGUGGGUCGACCCUAGCUGAGGAGCGUGCGAAUUCCACUCACAUGCGGGAAUGCCGCGGCAGCGAGCCGAUCCACCGGAGCCCCGGGGGUGUCAGGGCCGUUUCCCCGCGCGAGGCUGAGUUGUACGCCGCCCACACCCUCACCUCGCGCCUGCGGAGCUCCUUGUCGCGUGGCUACAGCCCCCAGCGUGGGCACGCCGAGCAGGCGGUGGUGGGCACCGAGCUCGCGCCCCCAAUGCCGCUCCUUCAGGGCACCCAUCGCACCUCCAAGAACCGUUACCGGACGACAAUAGAGCGAUUUAUUCAACGUCAGCCGGCAAACUCCCAGGAAGAGAUGCGGACAAUGUUAGAGGAGUACAGGGGGCGGGAGAAUGAGCUCUGCGGCGCACUUUCUGAGGCCUACAGUGAUUCCUGGGAGGCUGCUGUGAAGGGAAAUGAGUCUCCUAGCCAGCCCCAGAGUCUUCAGAAUCGCAGCAGAAUUGCAUACGACGAUCGACAGGACAUUGUGGCGACCAAGGCGUUUUCUCUCCCCGAGAACGGGAGGAAGCACAUUGACCCCAGCAACGGCGUUGGGUCCGACGAUGGGGCGCUGGCUGAGCGUUACCGUCAGGACACGUCUCAGGCUGUUCUCAGCCCCCAUGCAAAGUCAUCGAAGCUUCAAAGCAACGCCCAGGGCAUCAAUGGUCCGCGGCCGCUCUCUGAGCACUCCACGCCCUUUCGCAGCGAGGGCAUGAAUCAUGCAAUGAGUGCUGAAAAGGAACGGUACGACGAGGUCACGAGCCCACUGCCUCGACGUGGACCUGGUGGAGCCGCAACUGCGGUCUCACCCCUCGGCAAGAUCCUCGACUACGAAGAGCUGGCAGCGCGCCCAGGUGGCAUGUUGACACCGCCGCUUCCCGCAGACCUUGCCGCGCGCUGA